CUUCUUCCUUUGGAUAUUAACACCAAAUACACCAUGGCUUCCAAUAAGAACCGGGACGAUGAAUACGAUUAUCUUUUCAAAGUGGUCCUUAUUGGAGACUCUGGUGUCGGAAAAACCAAUCUUUUGGCUCGCUUCACUCGAAACGAAUUUAACUUGGAAUCCAAGAGUACCAUUGGUGUUGAGUUUGCCACCCGCUCUGUUCAAGUAGAUAACAAGACCGUCAAAGCUCAGAUCUGGGAUACAGCUGGUCAGGAACGUUACCGUGCUAUUACAAGCGCAUAUUAUCGAGGUGCUGUUGGUGCCCUGUUGGUGUAUGACAUCGCCAAAUAUGCAACCUAUGAGAACGUGAUGCGUUGGUUAAAAGAGCUGCGGGAUCAUGCAGACUCUAACAUUGUGGUAAUGCUUGUUGGAAACAAGAGCGAUCUGAGACACCUUCGUGCGGUACCCACCGAGCAAGCCAAGCAGUUUGCAGCCGACAAUGGUCUUUCAUUUAUUGAAACCUCUGCCUUGGAUUCAAGCAAUGUAGAGCUUGCCUUCCAACGUAUCUUGACAGAAAUCUAUCGUAUUGUGUCAAACAAGGCUCUCGAGUCUUCAAACGAUAAUAUCAAACCUACUGCUGGAGAAACCAUUUCUGUUACACCCCAAGUUCAAGAGGAAAAGCAAGGCGGGUGCUGUUAAAAAGAGAAAAAGGAUUUUUAUUCUGUCUUUUUUUUUUAGUUUGUUGUUGUUGUUUAUUUUCAACAUCCUUAUUUUAGUUUAGAUGCGAUGCGAUGCUUCUUAUAACACGUAAAAGAAGUGUUUUUGGUAUCUUUAGUCUUCAUUCCCUACAUAAUAUUUCAUUUAUUUUCUAUAUAUACAAAUAUAUAUAUAUUAUUUACAUAUCUUU